CAGCCAUUAAAAGCUCUGUUUUUAAGCCUCUAUUACAAACGGUUUGUUGGGAUAGGACAUCUUCUAACCAAUCGUCAUGACGCAUCUUCAGCCUUGUACAGUCGGCCUGAACGGACUGGGCACGACAGGGGUUUGAGUUAAGCCUGUCAUCGCCAUCUCCCAAAAAGACGCCGCUUUCGCUAUGAUGUCUUCGAUGUCGUCGGUAGCCGGAGCAUACACUGGUGGCUCAGUUCGCAUUAGUGAUUGGACCCGUUACUCCAAGACAAGAAAUGCUUCGGUACUUCCAAUGGCCAUAUCCAUGCCUUUGACCGUCACGCUUGGUGCGCUCAUUGGCAUACUCGUCACUUCGGCAACGAAUAACAUGUACGGCGUCGUCAUCUGGAACCCGCUGCUUAUGUUGCAAUAUGUUCAAAGCAUCCAUUAUACUGCGGCAUGCCGGGCAGGGACAUUCUUCACUGGUGUUGGUCUCAUCUCAUCACAAGUUUUCGUAAACAUUACGCAGAACGGUAUGAGCUCGGGAAUGGACAUUGCUGCGAUCCUUCCUCGGUACAUCGAUAUCAGGAGAGGCUGCAUCGUCAUCUGCGUUGUAGGAAUUGUCAUACAGCCCUGGCGUUUCUUGACUCAGGCUCUUACGUUCCUGACAGUCUUGAGUUCUUUUGCAGUGUUCAUCGCACCGAUGGCCGGUACAAUUUUCGCCGAUUUCUGGAUAGUGCGUAAACAGAUUUGGAAAAUUCCAGACCUGUAUAGUGAGGAUGGUAUCUAUUGGUAUACUGCUGAUUUGAACUGGAGAGCAUUCUUCACCUUUUUCAUGGCGACGUGGCCUUCGAUGGCCGGUUUUGUCUGUGCCAUCAACAAACACCCAAUCGCUGAAGGUUGGACUCGCAUCUAUCAACUAUCGUACUUUGUUGGACUGAUCAUCUCGAUCCCUAUGAACAUCGGGACCUGUAAACAUUUCCCGCCCGAAGGUCUUUUCAUCGCCGAAGCGAUGGAUGAUUCAGAGAUCUUGGAAGGCGCUGCUCCAGCGGACCAAAAUAGCAAUGUUUCCGUUGGCGGCGUGGAAGACACCGAGAAGGGUGCAAGAAGCAAGGAAACCCCUAUUGAAUAUGGUCAGCUUUGA